AUCGAUUUAUUACGAGAUAUCAAAAAUCAUUUAUUGUGACUCUUGAUGGUCCUAUCAACGACCUAAGAGAAGUUUUGGACUCAUUAAAAAAAUCACCGUGGUGGAAUGUUAUGAUACCUUUUUUUGUUCUAAGUGGAUCAAAAAAUAACUGCAAUGAUGCAGAACAAGUUUUAAAAACUGUUUGGAAAAUGAAUAUUCGGAAUUGUUAUUUUGUAUGCUUCGAUUCUGAGCAGACGCCAUUUGUUUUUACUUUUAAUCCGUAUUCAAAAUAUGCACCUGAUCAAUGGAAAACUGUCAGAGAAAUUACAGAAAAAUUUAAUUACAUGACAAUUUACAACCGGGUUUACAAUAAAAAAAACAUCUGUAAAGGUUUGCAUUUCGACCGAACAAAAUAUCUUGAUAGAGCAGUACUAAAUUUUGCCCUCUGCAUGCCUCCAUCACAAGUUAUUCCUCUAUCGAAAUUAACUGAGAAGAACCACCAUUUGAUUUACUCGCAUUUCGAAGGAGACAUCUUUGAAAUGCUCAAAAUAGGACUCAAAGUGUCUCUCAAUUACAAUUACGACUUGGAGCCAUUUAACCAUACGUCCAAACCUAGCGGCGUGUGCAACCUUUUGCUGAACAAAACAUCUGAUGUCGCCGUGUGCUUGUUUAAUCAACAAUUUAUGUUUGAUUUCCUUCCUAGCCAUCAAAUUAUCUAUACUGGUUUUUCAAUAUUUUCAAAAAACCGUGGGUUUUUUACUCCUUUAGAAUAAGUAUACAAUUUUUACGGACUUUUGAUGAUCACAGCGACAAUUAUUAUUUCAACAAUCAUUUACUUAGUUAUUUGAUACGUCAAUAAAUCGCAAAGCCAUUGGUUCGCGAUUUUCGAGAUUCUCCGUCUGUGGACAUCGACAUCGAUUUACACGAAAAUUGAUACUCUGGCACUUCGAAUUUUCUUUGGAGUAAUAUUCAUCUAUUUUUUGAUAAUUCAGGCGACUUUCAGUGGUCAUUUGUCAAAAUUUCUAACAAAUCCUGAAUUGAGAUACAAUGCGGAGAAAUUAGAAGAUUUGCAAAGCAGUAGGUACGAAAAAGUUUAUGUAACUCCAUCCAGUAAAUACUUUGUGACAAAAAACGAAAUUUUGAAGCCAAAAUCUAAAUUUACAACUGUUUUUGAGGGUAUUGACGCGGUUUUGAAAAGUGAAUCUAAUGCAUUGAUCAGCAUUUACAUGGGUUUACUUGUUGUUUUCAAGCGAAUGAACUUAUCGAGCGAUGUUCUUAGAAAUUAUUACUUGUCCAAUAAGUUCAUCAGAGAUAAUUAUUUUAUUUAUGCACUUCGCCAUGAUUGGCCGCUCACAAAAAAAUUUAACAGCUUUCUAAUAUUGUUAGAAGACACUGGAAAUUUAUUGAAGUUGAACAACGACUUAAUCUCCGAUCUUGAAUCUUUGUUGAUCCACAUUAAGAUCUAUCCUGAGUUCAAGCCUAUUGAUAUAGAGUCUAUAUUGUUUAUUUUCUACUUUUUGAGAAUUGGUUACAUUGCGGCUACUAUUUGUUUCAUAAUUGAAAAAUGGCAAACCAAAAAAAAAAGUCUAGAAUGGUUGUUGGAAAUCAAGUUUAGCAAAAUAAAAAAUGGAACAAGGAGAAAUAUGUUAUUGUUUGAAUCAAUAUUUCUUACUAAAUAUUUAAAGUAGAAGUAAAUUCAACUGCAGCGUGCUUAUAUAAUUAAUCUUUUUUUUUUUUUUUUACAUAAUUUAUGAUUUCAAAUUCUAUUUAAUGCAUGUGUAUUUUUUAUAUAUUAUAAAUUUCAUCCAUUAAUAGUUGUCGCUAGUUUUGAAACUGAUAUACCGAGUUGAUCCGAUUAAUUAUUAACGGUAUUAUCAAUUAUGAAAAUCAUCCCACGUAACCGUACCUUAUGGAUUUUUCAACACUCUGUAACAUUACUUGUUAAUUAUAACAUUGUAAUUAUCGUGCUUAAAAAUCCAAACAAAUAAAUUUAUUAAAUUAUUUUGUAUGCU